AAAAUAUGAUUUUACUCUAGAAAUAAAUAUUCAUAAUCAAUACUUUUAGAGUGUAAUUAAUAAACAAGGUUUAGCGUUGGAGUAAAUUUACGCUGAGACUACACUUAGUAUUAGUGAAAAUUAAUAUUAUUAAAUAGAGACUUAGCACUGGUUAACCUAGUACGAGCUUCUACGGGAGUUAUAUUUACUCUUAGAAGGUAGCGUUUGCUUAUUCUGUGUAUAUUAUGAAUUUAGACUAAUAUUAAAAUUGCAAUUUAAGCCUAAAUUUCCUCUAACUCUAAACUUAGUUUAUUAAUAGCAAUGAUAGAGAUUUAAGUAAAAUAUUAUCGACUUAUAUCAAUAAUGAGAAAGUAUUUAAAAAUAAAAAGAAAGUUGAUUUUUGCAGGAAAGGAAUGGAUCAAAGACAGUAAUUUCCGUUCCUUUUAACUAAUAUAUUAAAAAACUGAAAUUUGUAUCAAUACAAAUACGAAAAAUUUCAAAUAGAAUAUGAGUUGUUUAUUGAGUUUUGAAAACUAAUUUACUUUUAUACAUGAAAGAAAACCGAAAGGGUUGUCAUGGAGAAAUUAAGAAAGUAUCGUAGUGACAUCUACUUUAAUUUCGGUAACUAAUGUUUUUUUUAAACACUUUCUCAUUAUAGGUUUACAAUUUAAAUCGGUAACACAGGCAUUCAAAUUUAUAUAUCGAUAUAAUUAUAUCGGUAUAUAAUUCUAAAUCAUAAAAUCGAUACUUUUUUGACAACUGUCACUGCAGGGUGCUGCUGGUGCUGCUGUGCGUUUAUUUAUGUUUACGGUUAGAACUUAUUUUUCAAUUUAAUUUAAUGAUUAAUGAGGAUAUCCAGUUUCUAAAAGGGAGUUACUUCUAAAACCUGCGGUCUUUUAUAAUUCGUUAGCACAUAAUUUGAUUAUAGAUUUAGUAAAGACAUGAAGAAUAAAGGUAAUUUUUAUUUAAUAUGAAACUUUGAACCCGUCAGUCUGAAAAAUCUUUAACAUUAACUAUCAAAAUGUGGUUGUAGAUGGAGAUAAAUCUGCUUCCCUUUUUGCCUUUCUACACGUUGAACUUACAAGAGGCUAUUUACUGGAACAUGACGAAGAAAGAUUCUCUGCAAGACGAGAGAAGGUUUAUUCAUUUAUAAAGAUUCCUCAAGAAUUAGAAAAGUUUAUGGUAUAUGGAUUUUUCCAAUGUGCAGACUCUUUGUUAUUUGUUUACACUUUUUUGCCACUACGAUUUAUAAUGGCUUUCUGGUCAUUCGUUAAUCGGUUGUUCAGGAAAUGUUUUAGAUUUUAUACAAAUUGUCAUAAAAGUAUUUUAAAACCUGCUGAAACAUGUGAUGUUCUCAAAGGUUUCAUACUCUUGGUAUGCAGCAUAUUAAUGUGCUACAUUGAUACCAAUAUGAUGUAUCACUUGGUAAAAAGUCAAAGUGUUAUGAAACUGUACAUUUUCUACAACAUGCUGGAAGUUGGAGACCGAUUAUUUUCAGCUUUUGGACAGGACACAAUUGAUGCUUUGUUUUGGACUGCAACAGAACCAAGAGACAGAAGGCGAGAACAUUUGGGCUUAAUACCUCAUUUGUUGUUUGCUAUGACAUAUGUCUUUCUUCACAGUUUGUUGGUUCUGUUCCAAGCAACCACUCUCAAUGUGGCGUUUAAUUCAAAUAAUAAAAGCUUGCUCAUCAUUAUGAUGUCAAAUAAUUUUGUUGAAUUAAAAGGAAGUGUGUUUAAAAAAUUUGACAAGAAUAACUUGUUCCAAGUAUCCUGCAGUGAUGUUAGGGAACGUCUGCAUUUGUCAGUUCUUCUUUUCAUAGUGGUCCUGCAGACUAUGAAGGAGUAUACAUGGAGGGAAGAACGUUUCUGGAUAUUGGCACCUGAUUGUGUUCUCGUUUUAACAUUUGAAGUUAUAAUAGAUUGGGUAAAACAUGCUUUUAUUACAAGGUUUAAUGAAAUUCCAUAUGGAGUUUAUAGGGAAUAUACUGUCAGUUUGGCUUAUGAUGUUGCUCAAACUAGACAAAAAUAUGCUUUCAGUGAUCACUCUGAUUUAGUAGCGAGAAGAAUGGGUUUUAUUCCUUUACCACUAGGUGUGGUUAUCACAAGGGUUCUCGUACAUGCUGUCAAAAUAGAUGGAUUUGCUGCAAUCCUACUCAUUUUUAUUGCAUACCUAUGUCUGCUGACAAUAAGAGUACUUGUGUCUAUUGUGAUCUUAGGUAAAGCUUGUGAUUUGAUAGCGCAACAUCAAAUGGAGAAAAAUGAAAGUCACCACACAACACCAAAAAAGGAGCAAAAGGAAAGCAUAAAAGAAAUAUUGUCUACUGUGCAUAAAACACAAGAAGCAGAGCUACCUCCUACAAAAAAAACGCUGCAAUUGAAGUUUCAAAUUCCAGAAGAUGUUGUUAAGAAUGAGCCUUUGGUGGACGCAUCUGUCGGUGCCGCUGCAAUAUUCUCCAACAGUGCUAUUGAUCUAAACGGCGUUUGUUAUCUUAAUGAUAAGAUGAAUACUCCAAUUAAACAAGAGCACUCUCUUGAAACAGAACUGGGCGAUAUUACAUGCAGUGCCCCCGACAUUACAACAGCUGCAGCCACAUCUCAGCCAGAAGUAGACGACCGGCCAAAUACUCCGCACGGAGAUGGCCUCAAAUUGCGCUCCGAAUCGGAACCCAAUUUAGUGAAGGCCGGCGAGGAGGCCACGUAACACACUCUAUGUUGCACGCUACUGUUCACUAUUUAACACUAGUCUGUUGUGAUUUGUUAGACAGCGAGUGACGUGAAUAUUAAUUAGACGAACGAAGUGAUAUUUAUAUUUGACAAAUGGUAAAUAAAUAACGUUAAAAAUUUAAGAUUAUUGUGACGAUUUUGUUGAAAAUCAAAAGGUACAUCUUUUAAUAAGCUUUUUGCCAUUAUUGCAGAAAAUAUAUUAAUAUUUUUUAUGAAUUUAAGUAUAAGUUCCGUAAAUUGCUAAUGCGCCGGAACCUUGUUAAUAUAACACCCGAGUGACGUCAUAUGAAAAUAUAAAUUAUAGAUAGCACAAAAGGCGAGAAAUAAAUUUUAAAAUAUUUAUGAAUAAUUAUUGCAUGAAAUUUCGGGAAAUAAUCAAUGUAUAUGUAAAUAUUGAGACACAUGGAAAUUAAAAGAAUAUAUGAAAAGAAAAAUACAUUCACGUUGUAAUAAUAAAGGGAAAGGACAUAUU